AUGGAGAUGAACGGUCAUUCGUUUUUAAAUAAGAUUUUUGGAAUUCUGAAAGAUGAAUCAGCUCAUCACGUCCCGCUGAUCCAGUUUAAGCAUCCAAAAGAAUUAGAGGAAGUUUUAAGUGAAGAAUUAGAUAUGUCAAGGAGGGUAAAUGAUUCUGAAUUAGAACAAAUUGUUAGAAAAGUUUUACAAUAUAGUGUAAAAACUAAUAAAACGACAUUUAGAAAUCAAUUGUACGGAGCACCGGACCCUUACGGGCUGGCUGGCGCAUGGAUUGCUGAAGCAUUCAACACAAGUCAGUAUACUUUUGAAGUAGCGCCAGUCUUUACCCUUAUAGAGUUAAAUGUUCUCAAUCAUAUUCUCAAUUUAUUCAACAUUCCUGAUGGAGACGGCAUAUUCAGUCCUGGCGGAAGUAUUUCGAUGUUAUACGCGUUGGUCGCCGCUAGAUAUAAAGCGUUUCCGGAAGUUAAAACAAAAGGCAUGAAAAAUAUUCCGGAAAUGGUCAUUUUUACUUCUGAAGAUAGUCAUUAUUCUAUAAAGAAAGCUGCACACUGGCUAGGUUUUGGUACAGAGAAUGUGAAAGUUAUAAAAACAAAUGAUCAGGGACAAAUGGUGCUAGCAGAACUGGAUAAAGCUAUUCAAAAUGAAAUAUCUGCUGGGAUAUCCCCUGUAUUUGUUAAUGCUACGGCAGGCACUACUGUACUAGGAGCUAUUGACGAUUUAGUCGGUAUCGCUGAUAUAUGUAAAAAAUAUGAGAUUUGGAUGCACGUUGAUGCAUGUUGGGGCGGAAGCUUGAUGUUAUCGCCGAAGAUUCGUGAUAAAUUAAGAGGAAUUGAACGAGCGAAUUCUAUAUCUUGGAAUCCACACAAGAUGAUGGGAGUUCCCUUGCAGUGCUCGGUGGUUUUAUUGCGGGAAAAGGGAUUAUUGCAUGUAGCGAAUGCGGCAGCGGCACAAUAUCUGUUCCAACAGGACAAGUUCUAUGAUGUCCGAUACGAUACAGGAGAUAAGAGUAUUCAAUGUGGACGAAAGAUUGAUGCUUUUAAACUGUGGAUGAUAUGGAAAGCUCGUGGAGACAUAGCCUUAAGCCACUUGAUGGACCACGUUAUGGAAAUUGCAGAAUUUUGUUUAAACACUAUUGCAGUAAAAGACGGAUUCCGACUUGUUUCUGCUCCUAUACAAUGCCCUAAUGUUUGCUUCUGGUAUAUCCCUAAGUUUAUGAGACAUCAAGAGGAAAAUGACCAAUGGUGGAAUACUAUGCACAAAAUAACCCCUAAAAUCAAGGAGCUACUCACACUCAGCUCGCGUCUCAUGGUGGCGUACUGUCCUUUAAGGCAGCAUAAGAACUUUUUUAGACUAGCCUUUACUUUCCAUCCCAAAAUUGACGACAAGCAAGUGUUAGAAAUACUUAACUCCAUAGAGGAAUGUGGAGAAAUGAUAACACUAUCUAUGCUU